UCUAAUUAAAUGAUGGAUCCUAUUAGUAGUAAUGCUGAGAAACCAAGAAAAUAUCUAGAGUUGAAACCUGGUCGCACCAACAUUCUUGGCAUUCUUCGUGCUCUAUCAUCCCAUGACUACACUGAAGAAUGCAAAGAUUUCAUUGAGUCGAAGGAUGAAAUCAUGGCUGAGCAUAGAUGGGUUGUUUUUGCCUCAAUCUUGGCUCAGAAACUUCUUCACUACAUCGACAAGCCUCUCUCGUUGCUCGGCUCAGGAUUGGAGAUGUUCUUGAACAUUCUAUGCAAUGCUACUAAUUUCCACACCUUCUUCUUCAGAGGGAGGGGGUGGUGGCAAGUAAAAAGGUCAGCUAGUUUUGUAUCAAUAAAUGGGGUUUUAGAUAGCAGGGUGGAUUUGGACAAGAAGGUUGAGCCAGGAACCAAGAAAUACUUUGCAUCCCUCUCUGCUAUGGCAUCAAAAUUAGCCUACGAGAACGACCAUUACAUCAAAAACAUAGUUGAGAAUACAUGGAAGAUGGAGUUCUUGGGCUCAUAUAGCUUUUGGGAUGAGAGGUACAAGGGAGACACAACCCAAGCAUUCCUUUUCCGCGACUCGGGCACGAUCACGGUGGCCUUCCGAGGCACGGAGCCAUUCAACGCCAAGGACUGGAUGACCGACUUCGACAUAUCAUGGUGCAAGCUGCCCAACCUCAAAGGCCGAGUGCACUGCGGCUUCGUCAAAGCCCUCGGCCUCCUCGCUACCGAUCAUAAUCAAGAUUGUCCAUACGCCACGAUCGCGCAAUUGCUGCGCUCUAACCACGCGACGAGGCUGGUCGUGACGGGCCACAGCUUGGGCGGGGCGCUCGCGGUCCUCUUCGCCUCGGGGCUCGUGAUGCACGGCGAGGAUGAGCUGAUGGAGAGGUUGGAAGGAGUGUACACGUUUGGGCAGCCGAGAGUGGGAGAUGCAAGAUUUGGGGAGUUUAUGGAGGAGAGAUUUAGGGCUUGGGGUGUGGAGUACUAUAGAUUUGUGUACAAUUAUGAUAUUGUGCCAAGGCUACCAUUUGACACCAAUGCCCUUAUGUUUAAGCACUUUGGGAGGUGCAUCUACAUCAAUAGCCUUUAUGAGGCAAAGAUUGUGGAAGAAGAACCACUAAAGAACUACUUCGACCUUUGGUCAAUGGUUUCAAAGAGAGUAGAUGCAAUGUGGGAGGUGGUAAGAAGCUUUCUCCUACCUCGCAUGUUCGGACCAGACUACAAGGAAGGGUUCGUGUUGUUAAUGUUUCGAAUGUUCGGCCUCUUAUUCCCCGGUCUACCGGAUCAUGGACUACAAGAUUACAUCAACUCUACUCGAUUGUCAACUUAUUGAUGCUAGGGAAGUGAUAUGCUAUAUACCUCAUGUGAGCACGAUCUCAUUCGAUGCACUUUUAACACUUUUUUUUAUUUUAUUUUAUAUAUUUAGUUUGAUUCUAAUAUAUUAAAAGAUGUGAUUGACCUUUUGAAUUUUAUAAAAUUCAUAAAAAUCAACGUUCAGUUGAUAUUUUAUUCUGUUA